AUGAACAUGAACAUUUCAUCGGACAGCACUGUUCACCUGGACGGCCUGUCACAGCUGUACGACCACAGGAUCCUUCUGGCCGUGCUCCUCCUGCUCCUCUACGCCUUCGUGAUGCUCAGCGACGGCAUGGUGGUCUACAUCGUCUGCUCGCGCCGCAGCCUUCACUGGCCCAUGUACGUCUUCGUGGUCGCUGUCCUCAUCAACUCCUCCCUCUGCAGCACCGCCAUCUACCCCAAGCUCUUGUGGGACUUGGUUCAAGGCCAGCGCGUGGUUCUGCUCUCCCGUACUGCUUGUCUGUGUCAGGCUUUCGUCAUCAGCUCGCUCGCCAGUUCCAGCUUCAUGCUCUUGGCGGCCAUGGCGACCGACCGCUACUUGUCUAUAUGCCACCCUUUGCGCUAUCCGGCGUUGAUGUCUCCCAAAGUCGUAGCCACUCUGCUAGCUCUGUGCUGGUUGUUUCCCACCUGUAGAGUUGUUGGUGCGAUAAUUUUGGCCAGUCACCUACCGGUCUGCUACUUGCGCAUCACCAGAAUGUACUGCGACACCUAUAUUUUUGUUAGCAUGAGCUGCGGCGGCACCACAACACAAAUUAGUAAUGCGUACGGGCUCUUCGGCGCCACGGUAACUAUCUACAUACCCGUGAGCUUUGUGCUUUUCUCAUACUGUAGAGUUUUGCUGGUUUGCCUGUGGCGGUCUCGCAAGUUCAGCGGUAAGGCUCUCAAUACGUUCCUGCCACACAUGUUGGUUUUCUUCAAUUACUCACUCACCGCAUCGUUCGAGUUUUUGCACAGGCGCUUGAUGAUGGGCGGUACGACGGUGGUGACCAUGUCCGUUGUCGUGGUGAUCGUGCCCUCGGGCUUCAACCCGGUGGUGUACGGCCUCAAAGUGGCGGAGAUCUACAAACACGUGAAGAUUCUGCUGCGCAAUCAGAGAAGGCCCAAAACUCAACCCACAGGGAAUUAA